AUGGAGUUAUACACAUAUGGACCAAUAAAGAGUGUAUGUGUAGUUGAUGAAACAUUUUUAUCAGUAUCUAUCAAUUUUGUAGUAUCUAUCUAUCUAUCUAUCUAUCUAUCCCAGUUUAUUCACAUCUAUCUAUGUAUCUAUCUAUGUAUCUAUCGAUCUAUCUCAAUCUAUUUGCAUCAAUCUAUUUAUCUCUAUCUAUCUAUCUAUCUAUCUAUCUAUCUAUCUAUCUAUCUAUCUGCAUCCAUCUAUCUAUCUAUCUGCAUCCAUCUAUCUAUCUAUCUAUCUAUCUAUCUAUCUAUCUAUCUAUCUAUCUAUUUGCAUACAUCUAUCUCAAUCUAUUUGCAUCUAUCUAUCUAUCUAUCUAUCUAUCUAUCUAUCUAUCUAUCUAUCUAUCUAUCUAUCUAUCUAUGCAUUAAUAUUUGUAUAUUUUCAGUUUAUCUCGGAAUAUCUAUAUUAGUUUAUAUACCUACUGUCAAAAUGAUAGCAAUUAUUUACAUAUUUUACAAAUGUAAAAUAUGUAAAUAA